AAUAUUUUAACUCCCGGAAACGUCGCCGGUAAAGUGCGUGCUUGAAUGUAAACAAGAUUGGAAGUCACAACCCUUUUAGUUGUAUGGAGGGAAUUAUUAGUAUUGUGCAUUGUGUGAAGUCGCAACCGGCAUAUAGGAAACUACAAACGGUAAGCACUUGUAAAGUGCCAUUAUAGACUUAUUUCACUUGGUUGUGUUGCUCCUAUAUACUGCCUCGGCUACUAGCUACAUAGCUAACGUUAGCCUGAUGUUAACCCACGUGCAAAUAUAUUUUCAAUGUUUACAUACUCGCCUUAUAAUUACACGUUUUAAGAAAAAGAAACAUAACCAGUCAAUUGUACGUCUGCCCUGUGCUACCUAACGUUAGUUCUUAGGAAAAAGUUGUGGUAACGUUACUUAAAUGAGCCAUUAGCCACCGCUGUUUGAAAGCAGUGCAGUGAGCCGUCGUUGGGUGGAGCUGUGCAGCUGCUGUUUUUGAGAUUGUACUAUGGACUAUAACAAGGAAAAUAAAGAUGAUGAUGGUAAGGAAGGCGGAAAAGACGACCGCUUCUUUAUUGAGGACUCCAAUAGCUCAGAAGGAGAAGAAGAGAUUAAGUUCUGUCACCAGACACAUCACAGCAGCAGCUGUAAACAAGCUGUACGGCUCAGCAGGGAAAGCUCUCCUCCGCUCCUCCUGGCAUUCAACAUCACCUCUGGACGAGCGCUUCAGCUCAGCAGUCCUACUUCCAGAAUGGACUUGCAGGAGGAAGAGAAGGAGGACAGUGAGCAGCCCAUUGAGGAGUGGAUGAUCCUGGGAGGAGAGGAGCAGGUGGAAGACUCAAGCAUCCAGCUCAACAUGAGCUACUGGGGGAGCUCUGAAGAUGACUCUGGAGAUGAAGAUCAGAUUGUGAAAUCAGUGAAGAAUACCUGGGCUGUAUCAGAGAAAGACAAGUGUGGUGCUUACCAGUCUCUGCCCAGCCGCUACUUUGCGGCUGGUCGUUCUCUGAUCUGUAACAUUUGCAACAGGACGGGACACAUUGCCAAAAGCUGUUACUACCACAAGCAGAAGUGUCCCACUUGUGUCCUUUGCGGGAUCCAGGGCCACAUCCAAAGGGACUGUCCGGGCCGCCCCUGCCCCAGCUGUGGACUGCCUUCACAUGGCCUCAGGCCCUGUGAAAGGCCCCCAGUGUGGAACCAACACUGCCAGCGCUGUGGGAUACCGGGGCACCUCUCUGAUGCCUGCCCUGAUACAUGGAGACAAUAUCACUUGACAACCCGGCUAGAGCUUCCAGUCAAGCCAUGGACAGUCCAUACCCACAAACCUAAGAAAUACCCCGCUCAUUGUUUCAACUGCUCCAAGAGGGGACAUUAUGGCUAUGAGUGCACCAAGAGGAGGAUGAUCAGUGGGAUUUUUCCUUCACUGCCCUAUGUUUGCCACUAUGACACCAUGGAGGAUGUCCUUCGAUGUCGUACUAGGAAGCAGAAAAAAGCCAAAGAGCUUUUGAGUGCUGGAUCACUGCCUCUCUCAGACCAGCAGCACUUGUCUGAACUAACAGGCGAGGGUGGUGAGGAGAAUCAGGGGACGAGCAGUACAAAGCAGGAGACAUGUAGCCGUGCUGGCAGGAGGAAGAAGUGGCCUGAGAGGCGCAGAGAGAGACGGGAGGUGAAGAGGCUUAGGAGAGAGGCUCAAGUCAGACGAGAAGGAGGACUAAUGGGGAGAUCCCGGUGGAACUUCGAUGAUGAAUUUUGUCCUGCAGACCCUUUCAGUUCUGCGCUCCACGGUCACAAGCAAUCCACACCCCCUCCACAGAAGAAGAGGAGAGAUGAGGCAGGUGGCAGGAGCAGAAAGAGCAGAGAGGCAGAGAGGUGGAAGAAGAGAGGAGGGAUAAAACGUGGGGAUUUAUAUCCCCAUGGUGACACAGACAUCAGUAGUGGAAGCCUUCUUUCCCCAAAACAAAGAGUACGCCACCGACGAAGAUAAGGAGUAACAAAUGUAACUGGCUACCAAAAAAAUAUUUUGUCUGUGAUUGAUUCAUUUAUUUAUUGUCUAUACAAAAAAACGGUAGAAUAGUAUACACAAUUGAAGGUGCUCAUCUUCAGUGUAGCUAGUAGGAAUGUACUAUUGUACUCUACUACUAUUAAUACUGGCUGGGCCAAAGUACAGAUUUCAACAUGCAGUAUUUUGGAUGGAUCGUUUUUACACACUAUGCCUGCUUUUUGGCUCAUGUAUUGUAGAGGGCGGUUUGUUAUCCCUCUAAAUAUAAUGCUAGUUUUACAGUACCAUGUCAUUUUCUGUCAAUAAAAUACUUGAGGCACAAAACUGUGAUUUGCCUCUGUAAAGUAAUAUUUAUAUUGUAAAGACAACGACAAUAAACAUGGAUUUCCAGAUAA